AUGAAAACCCUUCUCCUAUCCCUCGGUGCCAGCCUAGCCGCAGGACUCCCGUCGUCCAGCCCACAGGCUGCUCGGCGGGCCACGGCAGAACUGCCGACCCUCGGUCUAGCCAACAUAACCAAGAUCAACAUAGACGACGACGGCGGCAGCAUCCAGGGCAGGCGGCUGGCGGGCCCCUUCAUGGGCGUCGACUUUCCCGAUCCCAGCAUCAUCUGGGGCGACGGGUCGUGGAAGGCGUACGGGACCUCGUCCAACGGCAAGCACGUGCCCGUCGCGACGUCAUCCGACACCUGGUCCUGGACCCUCACGAGCACCGACGCGCUGCCGGACGUGGGGUCCUGGGUCGAUUCGGGCGAUAGGAGCAUCUGGGCGCCGGAUGUGCAGAAGAAUGACGCCGGCGACUACGUGAUGUACUACACCGCGCACCGCAGCGGCGGAAGCCACUGCAUCGGCGCCGCGACCUCGGCCACCGCCCUGGGGCCCUUCGCCCCGCAAAGCGGCCCCCUGAUCUGCGACGACUCCGGCGGCGGCGUCAUCGACGCCUCCGGCUACGACGACGGCGUCGACCGGUGGAUCCUGUGGAAAGUCGACGGGAACAGCCUCGGCGGCGCGACGACCUGCCAGGGCGGGACGCCGUCGGGCUCUGCCUACACGCCGACGCCGAUCAGGAUCCAGCGGGUGGCGCGGGACGCGCUGACGCUGCAGGGGAGCGCGAGCACGAUCCUGGAUAACGAGGGCAGGGCGAACGACGGCGUGGUCGAGGCGCCGGCGCUGUAUAAGAUUGGUGAUGGGAGGUUCGUGCUGUUCUAUAGCGCGCAUUGCUAUUCGAGCGAUGACUACGAUGUCGAGUACGCGUUCUCCGACACCAUUGACGGCAGCUACGGGAGCCGCGGGAUCCUGAUCCGGACGGUGGAUAAUCGUGGCGUUUACGGCCCCGGGGGGCUCGAUAUCGAUCCGAAUGGCCGAAGUGUGGUUUUCCAUGGCCGGUUGAACGCGAAUCAGGGGGGUGGGGCGCGCGAGCUGUAUAGUGCGGAGUUGACGAUUAACGGGCAGUCGAUAACUUUCUAG